AGGACUUUGCAUUGGCAAAAAUUUUAUUGCCAUCGCUACCGAUCUUCGAUUUUUGCGUAUUUUCACUUCUGGCGGCACGCAACGUUUUGUUUUUUCGAUUCCAGGUUUCAUCACAUAUUCUUCCAUAUUUUUUUUUAUUUAGGACAUUUUCAUACGAUUUGUGCACACGAAAACAAGUUAGCAGUUGCUUACGUUACCGGUGCCGUACUUGUCAUUACAGAUGAUGAUUAUGAACAUCAGCUUGCAGUUAAUGUAUACGAAGUUAAUUCACUAUUUGGGGAAUGUGCACCUUCUCUAGAAUAUACUAUACCUUUGGCUAUGUCGCUUUACUCGAAACUUCAAUGGCUUAAUUUUACAAAUUUUGGCAAUUUAGUUUCGAUGGAUGAUGAAUGCAACAUUCGAAUUUAUUUAAAAGCCAAAGGAGUUUGGUUUCCUGUACUUUUGGGAAUGGAUCUGUUGAAAAAUCCAGACGAUGAUUAUAUUUGGCCAAUUGCUUUAUGUGAACUUCCAAAUGCUUAUUUUCGUUAUUUUUAUUGUCGCAACUCCAAAUAUCCACCAGUGAACAAAUCAUCUUUGCCAACAAAUACAACUCCUCUUAAAAUUCCAGUUAUUAAUCCGAAAAAGGAAAAUUGGAGGCAGAAUUGAUGACUAUCG